GAUACUGUCCACCAUCUUAGACAACCCCACAACCUCCAUUUCCUCUCUCUUACCCUCUCCAUUUUGUCCACCACCAUUCCAAAAAAGAGAAAAAAGCUCUUCUCUUUCUCUCUCUGCUUUAUCUCUCUAAAAUCAUUCACCUUUACUAGAGUUUGAGAUCAUCCAUGGGAGCAACGUAGAGGCUGAGCAAAUAAACCCCCUUAUAUUUCUAUACUUCUUUUUGGUGGAAUUUCUUCUAUAAGUAGGGAGAUUAUUUGACUUUACCUUCACCGGAGCGAUUAACAAGUCGUCGGUCAUUCAUUUAAACAUCUGUUGCUAGUGUCUUUCCUUAGUUUCCUUGAGGUCUUUGAAGAUGAUUUCAUCGGCAAAAAUGGGUUUGCUUGAUGAUAUGGGUUUUUGUUCAAGCUUUGAUUUCUUUGCUCCUCCCCCUUCCAUGGCGGAGGAGGGAGAAGCUGGCCGUGAAGCUGAACAAGAAGGGACUGGUGAUGAGGACUACUCUGAUGAAGAGGUAGAUGUUGAUGAGCUUGAGCGGCGUAUGUGGAGAGACAGGAUGCUUCUGAAGAAGCUUAAGGAACAGAGCAAAGAUAAGGCCAAAGAAGGAGUUGAUGCAGCUAAGCAGCGUCAGUCACAGGAGCAGGCUCGUAGGAAGAAGAUGUCAAGGGCACAGGACGGGAUUCUGAAAUACAUGCUGAAAAUGAUGGAGGUCUGUAAGGCCCAGGGUUUUGUUUAUGGGAUUAUUCCUGAGAAGGGAAAACCUGUUAGCGGAGCCUCUGACAAUCUGCGAGCCUGGUGGAAAGAGAAAGUUCGAUUUGACAGGAAUGGUCCUGCAGCCAUUGCCAAGUAUCAAGCAGAUCAUUCCCUCCCAGGGAGCGAAGAGGACUGCAAUGCAUUGGCUUCAACUCCUCACACCUUGCAGGAGCUCCAAGACACUACACUUGGAUCUCUAUUAUCAGCUCUGAUGCAACACUGUGAUCCACCGCAGAGGCGGUUCCCCUUGGAGAAAGGUGUUCCCCCACCCUGGUGGCCCUCUGGAAAUGAAGAAUGGUGGCCUCAGUUGGGCCUCCCAAAGGAUCAAGGAGCACCACCAUAUAAGAAACCUCAUGAUCUGAAGAAGGCGUGGAAGGUUAGUGUUCUUACAGCUGUCAUCAAGCAUAUGUCACCUGAUAUAGCAAAGAUCAGGAAGCUUGUUCGUCAGUCCAAGUGUCUGCAGGAUAAGAUGACAGCCAAAGAAAGUGCUACAUGGCUUGCCAUCAUCAAUCAGGAAGAGGCUUUGGCCCGGAAACUCUAUCCUGAUCGAUGCCCACCUCCAACUGCUGGUGGUGGUGGGUCCUUGGUCAUUAGUGAUACUAGUGACUAUGAUGUUGAAGGGGUUGAAACUGAUCCUAACAGUGAAGUGGAUGACAGCAAGCCACAGAAUAUCAAUAUCUUCAAUUUUGGUGUUGGCGCAGAGAGGGAGAAAUUCAUGGCUACUAAUCCUAUGAUGACUUCUAACCCUAUGAUGGCUUCUGUGAUUAAGGGAGAGGUCAUUGAUACCCAUGUUUCAGAAUUUACUGAAAAGAGGAAGCAGCCAUCUCCUGGGUCUCAUAUGGUAUUGGAUCAGAAGAUUUUUGUUUGCGAGUAUCCUCAAUGCCCUUAUGGGGAUAGCCGUCUUGGUUUCCUUGAUCGGAACUCAAGAAAUAAUCACCAACAGAACUGCCCGUAUAAGUUUAGUUCUCCUACUCUCGGUGUUGGAGCAACCAAUUUCCAGAGAAAUAACAUUGAAGCUUCAAACUUUCCUACAUCCUUUGCACAACAGGAGAAGCUGCCUCUCCAAUCUGAGAAUCAGGCACCAGCUACCUUCAGUGUUUCUGGCCUUGAAAUUCCUGAAGAUGGUCAAAAUCUGAUAAGCAAUCUGAUGUCAGUGUACGAUACUAGCACCCCUCAGAGCAAGAAUGUCAGUGCAGGGAACGCAAACUUUAUGGAAAAUAAUCAGAUGGGUGGAAGCUUUGUUAACCAAGGUGCUAUGUUUGGAAACAAUGCUUCCCAAGGAAUGAACAUAAAUACUAUGAAGGAUCAUAAUCAGAUGCAACCAAAGGUGUCUCAGUUCCAAAUAGAAAAUGCCUUUUUAGCUCAAGGGAUGGCCUUAAAUGGGAACAACAAUCAACAUCAUAAGCAUCAGUUUCCAAUGGGCGGCGUUGUUUUCCAAGGAACAAAUGUAAACCAGCCUGAACAGAAAAUUCAGCCGCUUGCAAUCGACAACAGCUUCUCCAACCAGAGAGCAGUGCCCGGGGGCAAUGUUACCCACCAGGGAAAUAACAUGGGCGGUUCUGUUUACCCGUCAAAUGCAAUUCAGCUGGAUCAUUGUAGGGCUUUUGAUCCUUCUUAUGGGAUGACUCUGAAUGACAACAUGGCAGACUUCGGAUAUGGCACCCCAUUCAACCUCUCAACAAUCGAUUUCGACCAGCUCUCGAGGCAGGACAGCUCUAUCUGGAACCUGUAAGUGAAGGAUUUGGCCAUGAAGGAAGUCGAAAUCGAGGAGUAACCAGCAAGCUGUACAUUCUGAGAAGGAGAUUGCUUUUAGAUCUCUUCUUUCAAAUAGGUGAAAGCUUCGCCUGCUUAAUUUUUAGCUUUGAUUUUUAUCCUUUUCUUUUCUUUUUAGAUUAUCUGAAGAACCAACAUAGUAGACUUCCUUCCAUUUUACUUUCUUGCAUCCAUAUAUCCCAUCUAGCAGUAGUUGAUGUUUGGCCUCACUCUGAUGGGAGAAGGCCUUCUGGUUUUAAACUUUAUUUUUACUUUUCCGACUAUAUAAUUUAUGAUGUAGCAAUCUUGAUAAACCCACAGUAUAUAAUAUAAAUAUGUUUUGAUCUACAAUCACCCCUUGCUUAAUUGUAAUUUUUCUUGUAUUAUGCUCA